CAACCACACUUGUACAUACUCCAACACACAUUUCCAAUGUCGCGUAACGCUGUAGCCAGGCAUUUAGUGCUUUGUAGCCAACCUUUUAAAACAUACAUAUGUAGUAGUCAGCCUUCAUGAAUACUUUGGAGCCAACUUUCUUAAGUGCUUUGUCACCAGCUUUCAUACUCUGUCGCCAGUUUACUUUCUUGUAGCUAGCUUUUCAAAUACUUUAUAGCCAGCCUUUUUUAAAUACUCUAGUUUAAUUUCAUGCUCUGUAGCUAGCUUUUUAAAUACUCUGUGGCUAGUCUUUUUUAAAUACUCGGCAGCCUGUUUUCUUUCAAACUCCAGCUAGCCUUUUAAGUACCCUGUCGCCAGCUUUCGUUCAUACUCUUUAGACAAUUUUCGUUCAUACUCUGUAACCAGCCUUUUUAAAUACUCUAGCCAGCUUUAUCCAUGUUCUCCAGAUACCGCCUGAGUUACUCCAGAACACUCUUUUUUGAGAACUUUGCAGCCAGUCUUUAACAAAAAAACAUUGGUUGCAACAAUCGUUUUACUUUUCGUUGUCUGUUUAACUGCGGCAGUCAAUCGAGCUGCAACUAUUUCUUUUCAUAUCUGUCACGGACGGAGGUUUCCUUUGCAUGUUUUCGGUCGACAAUAAGAUCUGUCAGGGGUUGCAAUGAAUUUGCAAAAAGUGUGGAUUCAGGAAGUAUUGUUUCACGUCUUUCCCCUUGCCCUCGUUUGAUUUUCCUCCUCAAUAAUUCUUGUUUCUCGAAAGGGGAGGGAGGUGGGUGGAGAUGUCCCUUCGCUUCAUCUCUUGGUGAUGCGGUUGGAUUCUGGAUACGGGCGUUGACUGCAGUGGACGGUUGCAGAGAGCAGUCGGUGGUGUAGGCGCCACCUGAUUUCGGUUUCACCGGAGGCUGCUAAUGAUCUUGGGGGUCACUCACUUGUCAGUCAGAGAUUUUUGCGCCUGGUUCGACCACUCCAGAACGGUUGGGAGAUUCUAACAUUCUCGCAUUGUGGCAACUCUAACUGCCAGCGUGUCCUGAGCAUAAACGAGCUUUCUACAAGGUCCGGAAGCAGUGGGAAGUCAUUGGACACGGUGCGAGAUGGAGAAGUAUCUGUCACCCCAGCUGCUACCUAUCCCUGAGCUGAAGAAGUACAGACGGGACAGUGCCUCCGUGGUGGAUGAGUUCUUCCAGGAUGAAAAGCCAUCACCGUACAGCGUCAAUAUCAACAUGAUUCUGCCCGAUGUUACUUACCUCCGCACGGGUCUUUAUAAGCCACAAAGACCACCCAUGGCUCAGCCCCAUUCGGAAGAUGUUAAUGCUUUCACCCAAGCAGGCAGAACACUUAGCACCCGGGCCCUGCCGGAGUUCACUAGUGUGUUUAACACCACACAGUCUACAGAUGUCAACACUGCGUACAUUAAGCAGGAGCUACCCACUCCUGAAAUGCACUUGCCUGCAAGCUCUCAACAAGGUCAGCUGUACCAGUUACUGAGUUCCCCAGACUUGGUCAGCAUCCGUGGCAACACUCCUCAUACACAAGGCAACGCAUCAUGUAUGGGCAACUUUACCAAUGGUUCAGUAGCAUCAGGCAUGACUGGCAUGAACACUCUGGCAACUGGGCAUCCUCAGACGGUAUUGAAGCACUUCCAUUCUAUCUCAGCGUUUUCCAUGGCAACGCAGUUCUUCCAGCAACAGCCCACGUAUCUGCCCCCAUCACCUCCAAAUUCUGAGCCUGGGAGUCCCGACAGGCAACCAGAACUGUUGCAAACCAUGACGCCACCUCCGUCAUAUGCCGCUUCGAUUGCAUGCAAGUUGGGGUCACCCUCUCCCACCCACACCCUCCCAGCAAACCUGCCAGUGACGCAACAUAACAUCUCACCAGCUAAGUUCAACCGGAGAAAUAAUCCAGAGCUGGAGAAGAGAAGAAUUCAUCACUGUGACUUUCCAGGUUGCUCCAAAGUGUACACCAAAAGUUCUCAUUUAAAAGCACACCUGAGAACUCACACUGGAGAGAAACCUUACCAGUGCAGCUGGGAAGGCUGUGACUGGAGAUUUGCGCGCUCUGAUGAACUGACUCGCCACUUCCGGAAACACACUGGGGCAAAGCCCUUCCAGUGUACGGUGUGUAGCCGCAGCUUCUCGCGCUCCGAUCACUUAGCUCUGCACAUGAAACGACAUCAAAACUAGGACAUGGAUGCACCCUGAAGUGACUCUUUUUCACGUCAAGAAGAUGUUAUUGUCCAAACAAAACUCCAGCUACUGUUUAUGUAAACCUUACUGCCGGACAAUUUUUUUUCCCCUCCAAGUAAAGGAGGUUUGAAUGAAAUGCAUAACCUUGCUUUAAGUUUUGAAAACUGGAACUUUGUAUAUUUUGUACAUACUCAGUGGGACUUGGGAACUGUGUUGAAUAAGCAAGAUUAAUGAAAUUUAUAAUAGGGAUUGAUUUAUCUGAUUAUUUUAAAUUUACUGUAUGUUAAACUAAGCUCUCGUCCAUUUCAUAGACACACUUGCACUACAGUGUAGAUGCUAAUACUGUUAUUUACGACUGCCAAGUUUGCAGCAUUAAAGUUUCUCUAAUGUUUUGACCAAAGCACUGUAUGGUCUUGGCAGUGUUUAGUAAAUGGAGCUGACGACAUUGGGUAAAGAGGGCACAAUGUGGGCUAACACAGCUAAUAUUAUCUACUGAAUACAGAAAGGGAAUUCAACCUCAAUACUUGAGGUAAUUGAACCACUUUAUGGAAGUAUAUCAGCAGGAUGUGGGUGUUGAAUUUAACUGUACAACUACAAAUGGUUGCCUUGGCUGAGUCAGCUUACCUGAGCUUAAUGAGGCAAUAACACAGAAUCAGCAUUUUAUUUUGAGUGCUUUUAUGUUGCUUUCUGCGAAAACCAACUGCCUUUGAGAUUUUUGAAGAGCUGGCCUGCACUGGUCCUGCAAAGCCAUGUUCUCUUAUUCUCUUCCUCUGCCAUAUUCUUACAUGGCACUAACUGGAGGAAAAAACUUUGGGUCUUGCUUGCCAAAUUCCUGACAAUCAGGAAACUGCUUCUCUGGUUCAAAACCUCAAUUUGCAGGAGCUUUUACUUUUCAAUUCCAAGUGUGAUUAGGGAUGCAAUUACUUGUCUGACUCUGUUAACCCUCCAGCUUCAACAUCACUGCGAGGUGAUAAGUAGUGUAUAAAUAUGCCCAAAAAUAUCCUCUAUGUGGAUUGGAAAUUAGCAAAGCCUUAUGGAAUUGGAUUAAUUCUCAAGAGGCUGACUCGUGAGUUUAUAGUUAUUUUAGCACUCCAUUCCACUUUAAAACUACUGCUGCAAUAAAGGUAUUUAUAUUUGUGUGUGUGUGUGUAUAUAUAUAAAUAUAUAUAUACUGUACAGACAGUGGCACUGACACUGAGUAGAACGCCUCAUACUGCACUCAAAAUAGGAGAUCUAUUCUAUUGUGUUUUAUUAAAGAUUUUUUUGUAAUAAAGAACAAUUUGACAUGACUUUUUUUCUGAUAAACCUCUGUCUUGUUAGAAGCCUAGUUGGAUUGUUAAGAAUUAAGUUUAAAUGUAGCUUGACACAGGAUGUUGGAUUAAUUUUGUGUGCAGAAAGAUUCAGAGCAACAUUAUCUCUUUUUUGCAUAUUGUGGCAGUCCUAUCCAAAGAAAAUUAUGGUCUCUAUUGUACAGAAUUCCUAAUCCAAUCACUUUUUUUUUUUUUCCAACAAUUUGAAAGAAAACGGGGAAAGACUACAGUUUGCUUUUUAAACUGUUUAAUUAUUAUAGUAUAAUUGUUCAUUUGUGGUUUAAAAAAAAUUCUAGUUAAGUGGGAAUUUCAGAGGUAUGGAUGUUAUCAAUAGACAAUAGGUGCAGGAGUAGGCCAUUCAGCCCUUUGAGCCAGCACCGGCAUUCACUGUGAUCAUGGCUAAUCAUCUCCUUCCUGUUCCCUGUUCCUGCCUUCUCCCUAUAUCCCUUGACUCCGCUAUCUUUAAGAGGUCUAUCUAACUCUCUCUUGAUAGCAUCCAGAGAAUUACUCCAGGUGUGGUCUUGUUAUGGCUCUGUACAACUGCAGAAGGACCUUUGCUCCUAUUCUCAACUCCUCUUGUUAUGAAGACCAACAUGCUAAUCAAUAAAGGGCUAACUAAUUGCAAGAAGUUGUUUGAAACCAAAGGCUAACCUCUACUUGGCUCUGAUUUUGUAACACAAAAGAAAUGUUGGUACAGGUAAUUGGUAAUUCCACUUUUAUUUAUUUCUAAUCAUAAAAUUGUUUUUUUAAUUUUACAAACCUGAUAAAUUAUCGCAUUCUUCUGUGCGACAGCAUUGCCAAGAGCAGUUGGCAAUGAUAAGGUAUAAAGAAUGGUUGAGGAUGUAUAUAAUUUUUUAAAUGCUGCAACGGUUAUACUUUGAACAGCUGAGAUAAAGUGUCUUUUUAAUUUGGCACAACUGUUUGGCAUUGUAUUUCCUUUAAGUUGUAGUUAUAUUGCGUUUUACAAUCUGCAUUACAUAAAAUGAGCUUUCUUUUGAGAGGGGCACAUGUUUAAAAAAAAUCUGUAAUAAAUUGUUUUAAAAGAA